GUUUUAUCAUCUCCACCAACUAUUAAUACCCGCUAUUAUCAGCUAAUGAGUUGAGUGAGGAUCUCACAUAUUCUCAAAUUAAUUUCUUUGGCUUUCUUCAAAACAAUUUUACUAUUAAUCAUUAAUCAUUUUAUUAUUAGUGCUUUAAUUAAUUAAUCGACUCACCGAGAGAUCUCCGGUGUCUUAAUUAUCACUUCAAUCUGCGGCUAAGGUUUCGAAUCGUUUCUGAGCUUUUUUUGGAACGUUUCGAAACGGGGACGGGUAACGUUUCUGAGCUUCGUACAAUUAUACUCCGUACAAUUUUACUGGCAAUAAUUUGUGCUAGCCUAAGCAAAAUAAUUUGCCCGAAAACAGUCUCUAUUAUAUGGAUAAAGUUCAAGUGAAAAUCAAUGAGAAGAUUGGGAACAAGAGAAGAUUAAAUUUAGAUUCGAAGGAGUUGUAUUUCAAUCAGAAUGGAGGAAUUUUGUUAGAAAAGCAAAUUGCUCUUAGCCAAGGUCGUAAUGUAGGUCCAGGACAGCUGAAAAUUUUAUCACACAAGGAUAUUGAGAAGGCUACAAACAAUCUUGACCCUAAUCUUCUUGUUGGUAGUAGUGCUCAAAGAAACGUCUACAAAGCAACCAUUGAAGAUCGUAUUGUAGUUGUUGGAGUUCCAUUGCAGCUAGAGAGAAAUCCUAAAUUGGUUGAUCGCAACUUGAAUGAAGCAUCAAUAGCUAUGGUUAUGAAUCAUGAAAAUAUGGUUAAACUCUAUGGUUGUUGCCUCGAUACUUAUAUACCAAUACUAGUGUAUGAAAUGUUGCCAAAUGGGAUCCUUUCUCAACAUUUACAUGGUGAUACAGCAUCUAUCAAGUGCUUAAAGUGGGCUGACCGUUUGAGAGUUGCAACUGAUACAGCAUAUGCACUAUCUUAUAUGCAUAAUGCCUUGCGAAAGCCAGUGGUGCAUAGGGGAGUUAGCUCAGCAAGUGUACUUCUUGAUUCUUCAUUCCAGGCUAAGUUAGGAAACUUUGGUUAUGCAGUGUCUAUUAAUCCAGGGGAUACAUCUGAAAGAUGGUCUGUUGAAGGAAGUCCAGGAUUUAUCGAUCCUGAGUACAUUGAGACUCAGGUGGUGACAGAUAAGUGUGAUGUGUACAGUUUUGGUGUUUUAUUGUUGGAGUUGCUAACCAGAAGUAAUCCCAUUAGGAUGCUUAGAGGCGGGAGAGACUUGGUUGAUGUUUUUGUUUCAGCUUUCCAAAAUAAUUGCGUUAUGAACAUGAUCGACAGGGAGCUACUGAAUCAAGCAAGUAGGGAUGAGAUUAAACAGGCUGUGCAAAUUGCAGUGAAAUGUGUGGCAAAGAAAGGGACUGAGAGACCAACCAUGAUUGAAGUUGUUGUGCAACUUCGGCAGAUAAGAGAUACCUAUGGUGGGCGUGGAAAUAAUCGAGUCCAAGGCAAUCGUAAACAUGCACAUGGUGCUGGAAAACUUGAUCAGCAACAAGGGGGUGAAUCUGGGCAAGCACAAACACAAUCUAACUAAACAAUCUUUGUGCAGGAACUAGAAACAUCAUCAAAUUGCAUUCAGACUCAGGGACAGUCAUAUGGAGGGGCUUCUUCAAGAAACAUAGGGAAGUUUAACCUUAUCAUGGCUGUCAACUUCGUUUGUCUCCUCAAGCUCUGAUGUUGGAACUAUUAACCAGAAGGCAGCCCCUCAUAAUGACCAUUAAAAAAAUUGCACGGUGGAGAUGACUAUUAAUCAUGGUGAUCAUAUAUUCACAACAGUCUACUGCUCAUGUUAUUUAUCUUUUCUUUUUCUUCCCUUCGUGGUUGAUGUGUAAGAGGCAUCGAUUAGUACCUGUAUUAAGUUAAGCUCCUCUAGAAAUACUUUGGAGUGAAAGAGAGCAACAAACUUUAGCAUAUGCCUGAUGUAAAAAUACCGGCCUUUAUUAAACAGGCAAAUGUAUUUUCCAGAGCUGGCCUUAUAAGUUAAGCAGGCCAGAAUAAGCAUUUGCAAAAA